UUAAAAUCCGGUUUGAUAACAAACAACUCAGUAAAUCAUAGUGAAAUGUUACCAAAUAAAUUCGAAAGCUGUUAAAGCACUAAAUUAUUUUCACCCAGAGGUACAAGUCAAAUUUAUUACUGUAAAAAAUAUAAACUUAAAGUAAUAACGUUUGUGUUGCCCUGUCAGCAGAAUGAAUAAGCCACUUCCUAUUCCCAAUGCUGACCUACAAGAAGUCCUACAAGAAUUCAUCUGCGAUUUAAUUGAUUCAUGUCUAAUGGAUGAUAUUCUAAUAAUGCAUCGUGCAAUUAAACUAGGAUAUUUUCAUAUUAUUGCUGCUGAAACAAAUCCCGAUUCUACUGAUAACAGUGAUUUUGGCACUUCAAAGUCAAGUUCUAGCAGAAAUUCAAACAAAACUACAAAUUAUUGUCGAUGUGGAAAGUGUAACUCUAAGGUUGCUGCAACACGCUAUGCUGCUCAUUUGGCUAACUGUAUGGGUUUGGGAAGAAACAGUUGGAGACAGGCAAAUAAGCGUAUAGCAGAACAUUGUCGCUUAGAAGACAGUGAUGCGGAAACAGAAGAAAAUCUUCUUAAAUCAUCGUCUGGAGACAUGGUUACUAACAAGAGUGCUGAAACUACAUCUGAUCGAGUCGAAUGCAGAUACUCCAACAAAGCAAUCAGUCGUCACCAGUUGUCACCGUUGAAACCUACAAAUUCUCUGGUAUCAAAUGGUUCAUCGAAACGUCGGGCAAGCUGAGAUAAAAAAUGGUGACUAUGCACUACGCUGUUGUGAUGAAAGUGACUCAGUAAAAUUAGUUCCAGCCUCUUAUGGUCUAAUCUGGG